AUGAAGCGCAAGACAGACGCAAGGGCCUCCAUCGAUGGCAAUGCCAUGCCCCAGUCCAAGAAACGGGCUCUCUCCAGCGAGGAGGCUGCUGCCCGCUUCCGCGACGGCCUAUUCGACACCGCGGAGCUGCAGAAGUACACCGGCGAAUACGCCAAGUCUUCUCCCUACCUCCACGGCGUCAUUCACCCUCUGAUCGAGCCCACUUUGCUCCGCUCCGUCCGCAAUGAGAUCGAAACCCAAGUGUCCUUCACCGAGAAGGAAACAGACAUCUACAAGAUCUUCCAGUCUGGCGAUCUCGCCAACCUCGAUGGACUGGAUGACUCCUCCCUCUCGAAGCUGCCAUCAGUACUGAAGCUGCGCGACGCGAUGUACUCAGCACGGUUCCGCGAAUACCUGUCCUCCGUGACUGGCUCCGGCAAGCUGAGCGGGCAAAAGACUGACAUGGCCAUCAACGUCUACACCGAGGGCUGCCACCUCCUGUGCCACGACGAUGUCAUCGGCAGCCGCCGCCUCAGUUACAUCCUCUACCUGACCGACCCAGACACACCCUGGCAAGCCGAGUGGGGCGGUGCCCUACGCCUGUUCCCGACAACGACCGAGAAGGACGCCAACGGCGAGGAUGUCAAGAUUCCUAGCCCGGACUACAGCCUCUCCAUCCCUCCCGCCUUCAACCAGCUGAGCUUCUUCACCGUCCAACCGGGCGAGAGCUUCCACGAUGUCGAGGAAGUGUACCACCCACGCGAGGGCGAAGACAAGACGAAGAAGCGCGUGCGCAUGGCGAUCAGCGGCUGGUUCCACAUCCCACAAGAAGGCGAAGACGGCUACGAAGAAGGGCUGGAAGAGAAGCUCGCCGAGCGCAGCAGUCUGGCACAGCUACAGGGUCGCGGCGAUAUCUACGACCUGCCGCAGCCGCAGCCGGUGUCCUGGGAGGAGCCCGAAGUCGAAGGCAAGGGCAAGGGCAAAGUGGAAGAGCAGACCGAGGGCGAGUUCACAGAGAGCGACCUAGCCUUCCUGCUUCAGUACAUUGCGCCUUCGUACCUGACUCCCGAUAUCGCUGAGGAGAUGUCAGAUGCAUUCUCGGCCGAGUCCUCGCUCAGCCUGGAGCAUUUCCUGAGUGAUAAGUUUGGAUCGCGUGUGAGCGCAUACAUCGAGGAUCAGGAGAGACAGGCUCUUCCUGCUUCUGCGGAUGAGAUCCAGGCGCAGCGCGGGUGGACGGUUGCUCGUCCUCCGCACAAGCAUCGGUAUUUGUACCAGCAUGCUUCUGGCGAGAAGGAUACCGAUAACCCGAUUCAGGAGUUGUUGAACGUGCUGUUCCCGUCACAGCCUUUCCGGAAGUGGCUUGGACUUGUUACUGGUGUGGACCACCUCACGAGCCACAAUUUGCUUGCGAGACGGUUCCGUCGCGGGGCGGACUACACUCUUGCUAGUGCGUAUGAAGGCGAGGAGCCUCGGCUUGAGUUCUCGCUCUGCCUUACCCCGAGCACGGGGUGGGAGAAACAGGAGGAGGAGGAAGAUGAUGAUGAGGAUGAGGAUGAGGGUGAAGAAGCCAAUGGCUCGUCUGCCAAGGCAUCCAAGCCGAAGGAGAAGACAACCGACGACGCUGUGGAAGGUCCUGCUCUAGGCGGGUACGAAAUCUACAUGGCUGGCGAUGAGGAUGAAGAUGAUGAUGAGGAGGAGGAAGAUGCCGAGAACGCUGACCAAGUCCUGGGUCGGAAGAAGACCAAGGCCGAUCCGGCUAUCUACCGAUCGGCGGGUGCAGAUGAGGAUGAUGGUAUUCUGUUCAGCACGCAGGCUGGAUGGAACCGGCUCAGCAUUGUGUUGCGGGAUAGCGGCACUCUCAAGUUCGUCAAGUAUGUCAGUGCUGCGGCUAAGGGUGAUCGGUGGGAUAUCACUGGUGAGAUUGGGGUCGAGUUUGAGGAGGAGGAUGAUGAAGAUGAAGAAGAUGGUAACGAGGACGAGGACAAGGACGAGGACGAAGAGUAA